AUGUCUACAUCUACGAGCAAAAAACCGACUCGAGAAUUAAGUUCGAUUACGAAUCAUCUGCUUUUAACUAAAACUCUCAAUUCACUCGUGAAUGACUCUCAAACAUCGACAAUAAAGGAAAACAUGUCCAAAUCAACUGACAAUACUGUGAAUUUACUAAAUAUUUGUCAUUUGCUUAGUAACAACAAUCUAAAUCAGUUAUCAUCAGUUACAGACACUUCUUCUUCGUCUUCUUUUGUUAAUCAUAAUCAGUUCAAGGAAAAACCUGCAACAAAAAGUUCGUCAUCGGAGUCAACAUCUAUGAUAUAUCUAUGUCGAUUUUAUCAGCGAAAUCGUUUGAUCGAAGUGCCAUUUACCAGUGAACAGCAGGGCAUUUCACAUGAUAAUUUGAAAAACUUAAUCAUUCAAGAAUUUCAUUUGAAUCAAAUAUCGAAAACGAAAUUAAUCGUUCAAAUAUGGAAUGAUCAAUACCAAGACUAUAUCGAUAUCGAGUCAUUCAAGCAAAUACCUCCGGAAGGUCGUUUGCAAGUUUUUAUUGAAAAGGAUAUCAAUUCAACUGAAAAUUCAGCGAAUUCGAAAAGUCCAUCGACACUCAUAUCCUCUCAAACCAUCACAACAACAGCGGUAGCGACUGGACGUUCAACUACACCUAAUCCAAUUCAAACAACAACGGAUGUUGUUUCAACCCCAUCCGUGUUCAAUCGUUCGACACACAUACAUGACGAAGUAGAUUGCUCACCGCAAGUUAAUCAUAAGAAUGAUCACGACUCGUUGAAUAAUUCAUCAAUCAGUCAACUCUACGAUCAGCCAUGCCAUAAUCUCAUGUAUGAUCUCUUACCAAAGCCAACGGAUGGUAUACCGAUUCCGCGUUUUCCACCGCAUAUCGCGGCUUUUCUGAAUGGAAACGGUGAUGCGAAUCAAUUGAAUGCUGUUGUCCAAGUUCUCUAUCAAGAAAUCGUCAAAUACGAACUGUAUCCAAAUGCUGAUGAACUUCGUUCGAUCGUUAGUCGUCUCGUUGAUCGUUACCCUCAGUGCACAUCCGUGAUUGGUAGUAUUGAGCUGUUAGUUCGAAAACUAUACUAUAAAUUCUGCAACGAACGAAAAAAGUAUCCUAUGGAAUUGAAACGUCGUCAGCCAAAUAAGAGAAAACGUCUGACACGUGAAGAAGACUUAGGAACGAAUAUUUCCAAUAAUCAGACGUUAUGUUCGUCAGAAGAACGUCGAGAGAAUGAUUCGAAUCAAGUUUGGUUAGAUUAUCUCAAACAUAUGUGGACAGCUUCAACAACGGAUGAAAAAGAUAAUCUUCAACAACAGCAACAUUCAGCAUCAUCGUCGACAUCGUCGUCACCUGUCUCUAGCAAUGUCGAACAAACGCAAAAGUAUCAUCCAGUCAAUUUAUCAAUCUCAAUGAAUAAUAAUCUUCUGUGCACGGAAUAA